UAAUAAAACCCACGCUAGUAGCGUCGCCGCUAGGAAUCGCUUCUUCCCUCCUCGCACGACCAAACCCAUCGUCGGCACCUCCUCCACUUGUUCAACUCCUUUCCCCUCGACCAAAAGAUAUCCCUCAGCUCUUCGAAAUCACAAACCACUUCCGGAAACAACAACCGGCAGAUACGGGAGCGACGCCGACGCCGACGCCGCACCAGUUCCUCCGUUCAUCAUGGCCUCUGUUCGCCGGACCCCGUAGCUUCAGAUCGACCUCUCACGUACGUCCUAUAGGCACUGGCGGAUCCAGGGGGUGGCCACCCCAGGCCCCGGCCCAGCCCUCCUCUGGAUCCGUAGUUACUAUAGUCCUUAUGAAAUUUUUGAUUUUAGACAUUCGAGUCAGUGUUAUUCUAUGUUAAAAUUGGGUUUAACUAGAAAAAUUAUCAAGUUGGACAUAUUCAAAUCACUACUCUAAAUUUAGCCUAGAAAUUUUAGCCCCAAAGAUUAUGCGUCUAAAAAAAUGUGAUAACUGAUUUGCUCAAAAAAAUGAGCGAUGAAUUUCUCGUCGAUUGCUCGUUUCAACAGCUACUACGAAGAGAACAUUUUCAACAAUGAAACAUGUGAUAACUGAUUUGCUCAAAAAAAUGAGCGAUGAAUUUCUCGUCGAUUGCUCAAGUAUUUUAUUUGAAAUAGUGUAUACUAUUGGUAUGGAUGUAGGCUCCAUUAUUGAUGCAUUCCCUAAAUUAAAAUACAGUCGUGUACAAUUUACAUUGCAAAAAACUAUAAUCAUUAUAUUUUUUUACGAUUCUAAUUUUCUAAUAAAAUGCGGCCCAGUGCUCUUCUGUGUUCUGGAUCCGCCGCUGCCUAUAGGUAAGGACGAACUCCCUAACUCUUCCAAUCCGAUAAUGGCGUUGACGGUUAUAAUUAAUCACGCUGACUAAGCAAUUGAUGGAAGGCUUCAAUUACGUUGGUGCAUGUCUAUGAAUGGUAUAUAUCUAUUAAUGUGAUGGGCAAUUGACGUGGGUCAUGAAUAAUCAUGUGCAAUUAGCCAUGGGGUAACUACUAACACAUGUCAGUAAACUGGGAGUUCAUGCAAGUAUUCUUUACACGUAAUAUGGAAGCUUGGCAUCAGGAGAGACUUUAAAAGGGAAAUCAUAACUAGCUGGGUUAAGGAGUUGGUCGAGUUGUAGGCUGUAAGUGGGAGGUUUAAUUGACUAAUAUUUUGGGGCACUCACGCGUAGCUCUUGGAAUCUCAUCAACGGCGAGCUUUCGCGGUUACUUCAAGUAGGAGGUUCACAUCGAUCAGGAAGUUCCACCGUAAAUUAAGGUGCGUGGUUAGAGGGGACUAGAGUAGUUUUCGUUAUCAUGUAUUUCAGUUCUUGCUUUAUGUUUCUGUUCUUGUUUAUAUUUGGUCAUUCCUUAUAUGCUUUCUUAUUAAGUUAAUUUAUUUACGUUUAGUCUUUACUUUAAGUAUGCAUAGCAUCAUGAAGUAUAAGUAAAAUACACGUUCAAUUAUAAGUUAAUUACGUGCAAGUUAAUAAGCUUGUAUCUUCCCAUUGUGCGGGAGAUCAUCUAUGUAAGCUCAACUUCUCAAGUCAAGUAAGAAAGUACAAGAUUAACUAUGUCUCUCCAUCGUGUGAGAGGUUGUUCAAGCAAGCACGUACAAGAUAUCAAGUUAACAAGUAAGAAUAAGACCCUCUCUUAACUAGUCACACACGGUCACCUUACUCCUUGUAGAUGAGGAACACCUUGUAGAUGAGGGGUCAUGAUAUGUAUGUCACGAUCGGUGCCGGACGCGGUCACCACUACUCCCUGUAGAUGGGGAGGUAUGCUAUGUUACUCCUUGUAGAUGAGGUGGUUAUGUUCAUGAUACGUUGGUGCCGGACGGAUGUGCUAGUUAGGUCGAGGGCGGGAUACCAUUUCAAGUUAAGAAAGUAGAAAGUAUUAUACGCAAGAAUAUGUAAACAAUAAUACACUUUUACUAAUGUACCCAAUAACGUACCAUAAGCAUUGCAUGUGCAUGGCUUUCAAUUUAAGUAUAAUAACGAAAUUAGGAUUAGGACUGACCCCAUCGCUCGCACUCAUGAGGUACAAGAAAGCAAAAGCAUUCAGACCACUAGUCAAGAGAAAGCUGUUGCAUGGGAUGUCAUCGUCACAAGGGUUAGUGAUUGCAAAAGAUUCCAAGUGAACUGUUUCACUUUUGUACUUUUAUUAGUAGGCUUGAGACGGAUGCUCAUUUAUGAUUUGUUAAGAGGGAUUUCCUACGGUGAUUUAAAAUUAUUUUUCUGUAUUCUUUCCAUUUUGAGUUAUCUUUAUUACUUAAGGGUAUUUUGGAAAAAUUAGUGCUCGGCCGAGCAAGGGUGUUACACCAAUCCCACCCAAGCAAAAAAAAAAAAAAUCCCUAAUCCUAAUCCUUCCAUUCCCAAAAAUUAAACCCCUCUCCUUUCUUUGUCUUUUACCUUUCCUCUGCGGGAGACGAUUCUGCUGCUGGUGCGAUUUUGGUGGCCACUGUAGUUCUGCAGAACAAAAGAAUCAAUCCCACAUUCCCACUCUAAACACAACAAUCCCUCAAUCCAACCUAAAAACUCCUUCUGUCUUUCGCUGUGGCGCCAACUUUUCCCAAGUACCCGCGCCAAAAAUUGGAUUCUUCUGGGCGUUGGCUGUUGUUCCGACCUCAGCGACCAUCGCUAUAGCCCAAACAAAUCCAGGAUGCUGCAUAUUGUCUUGGCUUGAAUAUUCAGAAGUGAAGGAUGUUGCAUAUUGUCUUCCAUGCUAUCUUUUCACAAAAAAGCCAAAUGCUCAAUUUGGGAGAGAUAUAUUUGCAAAUGAGGGCUUUCAGAAUUGGGAAAAGGUUAAAAGUGGGGCUGAUUGUUCUUUCAGGAAGCAUAUUGGGGACAGUCCAAAUUCUCAUCACAACAAUGAUGUGAGGAACUGUCAUGCUUUAAUGCAUCAUCCUGGGCACAUCGACAAAGCCAUGAAAAACAAACUUCAGACGAAGUAAAGAAGAAUAUAACUCGAGUGAAGACCUCAAUAGAUGUUGUUCGUUAUCUAGCAUUGCAAGGAGUUGCCUUCAGAGGUCGAGAUGAGACUGUUGAUUCAAGAAUCCUGGGAACUUUAUUCAGCUUCUCAAAUACACACGUUUCUAUGAUGAAGAAGUAGAUAGUGUUGGGUUGGAGAAUUCUCCAAAGAAUGCAAAGUACACAUCACAUGAGGUUCGGAAGCAAAUCUUGCAUAUUUUAGCCAAGAAGAUCAGAAAGCAUAUCUUUGAUGACAUUGGAGAUUCUAAAUUUUCGAUUAUUGUGGAUGAGGCAAGUGAUGAAGGCAGACAUGAACAAAUGGCCAUUUUUCUUCGCUUUGUUGAUAUUGAAGGAUUGAUUCAAGAGCGCUUCCUUAAUCUUGUGCAUGUCAAAGACACAACAUCAAAGACUUUGCACUCUACUAUUUGCUUAACUCUUACUUCUCAUAAGUUUUCCCAUCAGAAUCUUCGUGGACAAGGAUAUGACGCUGCUAGUAACAUGUGUGGUGAAUGGAAGGGAUUGCAUGCACUCUUUUUGAAGGAUUUUCCUCAUGCAUACUACGUGCAUUGUAUGGCUCAUUGUCUUCAACUAUCAUUGGUUGCAACAUCAAGAGAAGUGGAUAGGGUAAAUGAGUUUUUCACAAAGUUACCAAAGGUUGUGACUGCUAUUACUGGUUCCACAAAGCGCCUUGAUGAGUUAGAAGAGUUUCAAGAAGAUUAUUAUGCAAAAAAGCUAGCAUCAGGUGAAAUUGAGACAGGAAAAGGUACCAAUCAUAUUCAGAAUGUACAACGAGCUUGUGAUACUCGAUGGAGUUCACAUUUGAGUUCUGUUGCUAGCCUUAUCCAUUUGUAUGGUCCAAGUUUUCGGGUUUUGGAGAAAAUAAGCAAUGAUUGUGCUCACUACAAAACAAGGGGGAUGCUAGUACAGCUUUGAGAAUUAUGGAAUCAUUUGAGUUCAUCUUCAUUUUGCAUAUGACGAAGGAGAUACUAAGCACCACUGAUUUGCUUUGCAAAGCUUUGCAACGUAAAUCUCAAGACAUUGUAAAUGCAAUGAGGUCAGUUGAGACUACUACAAAGUUGUUGAACCAAAUGAGGAAUGAAGAUUGGGAUUCUUUGUUAGCAAAAGUCACAAAGUUUUGCCAACAACAUGAGAUCAAUGUUCCUGAUCUUACUGCUCCACAUUAUGAAAGUCGUCGACGACGGGAUGGCAUCACAAAUGAACACUUUUAUCAUUUUGAUGUGUUCAAUGCCGCCAUUGAUGUGGAGAUAGAGGAAAUACGAGCAAGGUUCGAUGACAAAGUACUUGAACUUCUGAAGCUUAGCUCAAGUUUUGAUCCUCAGGAUGGUUAUAAAGCUUUCAACAUUGGUGCUAUUUGUGAUCUUGUUGAGAAGUACUACCCUCUUGAUUUUUCAGAAAAAGACUUGGAUGACUUGAAGUACGAAUUGAAGCACUUUCAAGCCUAUGCUCCUACUCAUCCUGAACUCCGAAAUCUAUCAUUAGUUGCUGAAUUGUGUCAUGGUUUCGCAAAGACGGGAAAGUCAAAGGAAUUUAACCUUGUUGAUAGAUUGAUUCGUCUUAUUUUGAUUCUUCCGGUUUCAACCGCCACUUUGAACGUGCAUUUUCAGCUAUGAAGAUAGUGAAGAACAGGCUGCGGAACAAGAUGAAUGAUGAUUUUCUAGCUGAUAACUUAGUUAUUUUUAUUGAACGAGAGAUUGCAGAAACUUUUAAUUUAGACGCUAUUUUGAGUGAUUUCAAUGAUCUUAAAGAGCGUCGUGUACUAUUGAAAUACAAUUAGUAAUUUUGU